AUGGCAAGUGAUGACAAAUUUGACGAAGCAGAUCUGUGUUUUAUUAGCAAUGUUGAGACAAAUAUAUUUGACGAAAUUCUGAAUUCUUAUGGGCAACUUCGAUCUGAAGAAAGUAAUAGCUUAGUAGAAUCUGAGGCUAAGGCUAAGACUGAUUUGACUGAUUCAGAAGAGGGAUUAUAUUCUUUAACUAAAGGGCAAAUAUCAGUAUUAAUUAAUGAAAGUUGGCUUGACAAAUAUAGUCAUGAACGAGGCUUUGCUUUUUCUUUAGUAAAAAGUGAACUAGACAAGAAUGAUGGAAUACCUAGACAUCGGGUUUACUAUUGUUCUAAAGGACAUCGUUAUGAAGCAAAAAAAAAGGCACAUAUAUUGGAAGAAAGAAAUAAAGCACAUGAGAAUAGUGGUUGUGAAUAUCAUCUUAAUUUUCAAAGAUGGAAAAGUAAUAAUCAAGUACAUAUUUCGGAUAUAAUUGGUGAGCAUUCACAUCCAAUAAGUGAUAAUAUCCAAAUGGCUGUAUCCAAAUAUCAUCGCCUUAUAUCUGAAAUACAAGAUGAUAUUGAACUUCUUGCUGCUAGUGGUGUACGUACAGGGGCUAUUAUUAAUUUGUUGACACAGAAAUAUCCAGAUCAAUAUAUUUAUACACAUAGUGUCUAUAAUGUUAUUCAAGUAGCUAAAGCAGAGAAGAGAAAAUUAAGUGAUGCAAGUGCUACCUAUAAAGAGCUAAUGCAUCGAAAACAAGAAAUGCCUAGUUGGUACGUUGAUGCAAAAUUCGAGGGAAGUGAUAAUCAUCUU